AUGGGUGGAGGAGGAUCUAGUGCAAAAUCCAGUACCAGCCAGCCUCAGAAGUAUAUUGACUCCGUUUCAUUCAUUCCAGCAGCAGUUUUCUGCACUUCAUCUUUCUUCUCUUUCAGGAUCAAGGCCAAGAGAUCACAGCAUUUCUCGUCAUUCCGAAUAAUGAAAGAAUUUUCCAGAAUAAUGCAAGAAUUGGACUCAAGGAUCGUCUUACUAUUGAUGUUUCUCCUUGAUCUAGCUGCUUUUGCACUUACAAUGGCCGCCGUUCAGACGAAGACUAAAGCAACACUACACCAAUCAGUUGAUGGCACUAUCUAUUGUGUGUAUAGUUCAAACAUUGCGAGUAGAUUUGCUGUUGCAUCUAUGUUUUUACUUUCAGUCAGUCAGACUAUAGUAACUGUUGCAACCCAAUGCUUAUGCUUUGGCAAGAUUCUAAGGCCUGGAAAUUGGAGGAUAUCAGCAAUAAUGUUAUUCAUCACUUGCUGGAUAUCAUUUCUUGUUAGUGAAAUGUUCUUGUUCUAUGGUUCGGUAAAGGAUGCAAGCCUUACAAACUAUAGGCAUUCGAAUAAUCUGCCUUGUUUCACGUUAAGCAGUCGAGUGUUUGGAAUUGCAGCUCUUCUUAUUGUUGUCACUGCCACUGCCUCUCAAACCUAUUAUGUUAGCUAUGUCAAGACCGACGGAAGCAAUUCCCUUCCUUCGACGACAUCAAACACUAGUAUAGGGAUGGGAGCUUAUUAA